AUGACAUGGACGCCGUCCAAUUGUAAUCUCCCUGACGGGCGUUGGUACCUUUGUGCAAACGGGGAGGCACAUAAGAGUUUACCUAUCGAUUGGUGGGGAGAAUGCACAGAGGGAAUAAUAAUCCCACAAACACUCCCUAUCUUAGGAAAAUUACAGGGAAUAUUCCGAUCCCCAUGGCACCACACGAGGACUAAAAGAACCUCUAACCCUCUUAUAGAACGAGGCACCACAUUCCACAGUGUGGUACGAUGGCUUUUCCCAAUGCUUGGAGUAUCUGAAUUGGAAAAAGCAAUAGUCAAUGUAUCAGCGGUGGUCGAGACUUUAGCCAAUACUACUGCUGACUCUCUAGGAAAAUUACAAGCCGAAAUUGAUUCCUUGGCAAAGAUAACGAUACAAAAUCGCCUUGCAUUAGAUAUGUUAACCACAAAGGAAGGGUGUGUGUGCGUACUUAUAAAUCAAAGCUGUUGUGCCUAUUUAAAUGAAAGACAGCAAGUAGAGACAGAUAUUGAAAAGAUUUGGGAAAUUUCUAAGGAGUUACAUCUUAUCACUAUGGAUGACACAUCAUGGGGAUUUUCUGAGAUAUGGGAAAAACUAACUUCCUGGUUGCCAAAUUUAACAUGGCCAAAACAACUGUUUGUGACAGCAAUAGUAAUCAUUUUUCUGCUCAUAAUCCUUUGUACAACAAUUCGAUGCGGCUUAUGGGCAGGAAUCAGACACCUGGAACCAGCUGCUAUUUGGUUCAAAUCGCUGCAGGUUGGAUCAGUAUCAAAAGAGAUUCUCAGCUUGUGUAAACUGAAAAAUGGAGCCAGGUAG